AUGCCGCUGAGCGGCGGCGCCCGCUCCCAGGGCUCCGCGCCCACGUCCGCGGCAGGGUCGCAGGACCCCAAAACGGCCGCAGGCGAAACGUCCGCGGCCAGCAGCAGGCGGGCCAGCGUCCUGCCCGCGUCCCUACAUGCCCAAUACUUGGCGGCGCUCCCCCUGCCCCCGGCCGCCCCGGCCGCCGACACCCGCGGCUUCUCCGGGCUGUGGUUCACGCGCACGUCGCCGUAUCACGAGCGCAAGACAAUCCGGUUGCUCUUGAAGGGCGAGCCGCAGACGACGCGCGACUACGCCGAGCACUUGUACAAGGUGGCGUGCUUGUUGUACGACGGCGAGCUCACGUACGACCAGACCAACAAGAUGGAGCGCAAGCUCGUGCUGUUGACGUCGCGGUUGCCGCAGCACAUGCCCUCCGCCGACCCCGCGGCGCUGCAGCUCCACUUGGUCGUGGAGCGGUGCUUCGACGUGUUCAUCAAGAUGUCCAUGAACCUGCGCCGCAUGGAGGUGGCCACGCACUCCAUCCGCUUCUUGACCUCCGUGGUCAUGGCCUUGAACUACUGGCAGGUGUACAGCCUCCUCCGAUGGCGGCCCGCGCUCUACCAGUUCCUCACGUUGAUCGGCUUUGACUUGAACGAGUGCUACGCGCGCUUCCUCCGGGACUACCACAGCUACGCGCACGAGCAGCAGGAGCUCGACGGGGCCGCGCUCGGCAAGGCCGCGGCCGAGGCCAGCCGCAAGCGGCGCCGCGCGUCGCAGGUGCUGACGCCGGAGCACAGCGACAACGACAGCGUGUGCCUCGACGCCCCGGAACUCGCGGACCGCACGGGCGCCUCGCCGCUGCGGGACAAGGCCCCGGCCAAGAAGCGCGCGCGGCCCGACCUCAAGCAGAGCCACCGCGUGGUGGCCCGCUCGGACUUCAAGAUGGCGCCGUCGAGGUCCUCCAACUACGACCCCGACGUGGUGCACGAGUGCCAGCUCCCGGCGCCGGAAGACGCCUCCAAGAUGUGCUUGCGGCGCUUCUCGCGCAAGUACGAGUUGAUCCGCCACCAGGAGACCGUGCACUCCAAGAAAAAGAAGUUGUUCAAGUGCUACGUGUGCGUGAAGCAGGACCCUGCCAUCGGGCCGCGCAUCUUCACGCGGCACGACACGUUGGCAAAGCACAUCCGCGUCAACCACCGCAUCUCCGGCAAGGAGGCCAAGGCGGAGGUGGCGUACUCGAAGAAGCACGCGGAGAUCGUGGAGGAAGGCGACAUCACCGUGCAUGUCGGCCGAAGGAAGACGAAGGUGGACUUCGAGCUCCGGGCGCACAUGGACAAGAGGGGCGCGGCGAGGGAAGGCCCGGACGGCGUGCUCAUGUACGACGACAUCGACGAGCUGGCGCCGGACUCCAUCCACUCGGGCGACGAAGGGCUAUAUUGA